AUGAAAUGUGUCGAGCACACCGUCCGAUCCACUCGCACCGCACAACAAUGGCUCCGCCAGCAGUCCCGACACAACUCCGACUCGACGGCACCGAUGAAUUACAAAAACCUGCACCGCCGCGUCUCCCCCCUGCCCGCAUCGACCAUCACCGCAACCUUCUCCCCCGCUGCUGCAGUAUCCAACAUUCUCUACGAAACCCCGCUGCCCUCCACCGAGCCCCCGAAACCCCACGUGCUGAAUUGUCUCGUGCAGAACGAGCCUGGUGUGUUGUCUCGCAUCUCCGGUAUUCUCGCCGCGCGCGGCUUCAAUAUCGACAGUCUUGUGGUGUGCUCCACUGAAGUGCCCGACCUCAGUCGCAUGACGAUCGUGCUGCAGGGGCAGGAUGGUGUGGUGGAGCAAGCACGUCGCCAGCUCGAGGACUUGGUGCCCGUGUGGGCCGUGCUGGACUAUACUGCCGCCCCUCUCGUACAGCGCGAACUGCUGCUCGCGAAGAUCUGUAUCCUCGGACCGGAGUACUUUGAAGAGCUAUUGGCCCACCAUCGCGAAAUGACAGAUGCCGAGGUACUCGCGCGGCCGCGAGAAGACCUUUCGCCCGAACAACUUGAAGGGGCACGCGAAGAGCGCGUGGAUGUCGACAUGGCGGCGGCGGACUUCCAUCCCGCUGCUGUGGCGCCGUCGGAGGCGUUGCGGAUGAAGCACAAGCAUCUCGAGACCAUCACCUACCUGACUCACCAAUUUGGCGGCAAAGUGCUGGACAUCAGCACCAACAACUGCAUUGUGGAACUCAGCGCGAAGCCAGUAAGAAUCGACAGCUUCAUGAAGCUCAUUGCGCCUUUUGGCAUUCUCGAGAGCGCGAGAACGGGCCUCAUGGCUCUUCCGCGUUCGCCACUACACGGUCCCGAUAUCGAGGUGAAGGAGGCGGAGGACGUGGUGGACCAGAGCGCCCUGCCGCCCAGCUGA